AUGUUAACAACUAUUCAUUUGAAAAUAAACAAAUAAAUACUAGAGUUUAGAUUGUUUUAAGGAGAUAAUUUAUGGAAAAAAGUGUAAUAAUUUUGUAAGGAAAAUGAUUUACAAAAGUACGAUGACUAAAUUUUUAAUCUAAUUUACAAUGAAUUUGUGAGAACAGAGAAUUUUGAAAAUAGACCUUAAUCAUCAUUUAAAGCUAUCAUCCCCUCAACCUAACUUCAUAAUUAAUAAGAUUAAAAAGUUAAGAUUUUAUAAUAAAAAUAAAACAGAAGUAUCAGCCCUUCUACCAAAGUUCUUAAUCCUAAAUAAUAACCUAACUAAAAGUCACUAAAAACUAAAUUUGUUAAUUAAUAAAUAAAUUAAGUUGAAAACAAAUUAUUUAUUCAAGAUUAUUAAAUUCCUCAAGAUCAAAAUGUGAUGCAUUAUCAGAAUGAACAUUUUUAUUUUGUAGAAGCAUUUUAAUAGCAACACAAUACAGGAAAAAAAAUUUUAAUAAACAAUAUUGCAAAACUUGAUAAUUUGAUUAAAUUGGUAUACAAAUAAAUUGAAAACAUUUCAAUAGAAAAUUCUAUUUAUCCAAUUUGCGUCUAAUUAUAUUCUCGCUUAUUGAGCACAUAAGAAAAUCGGAAGACAUUAAAAUUAAAUAUGAUUAACUAUAAUCUUUUAGAAGAUAAAGAAAUUUAUGUCUUGGAGUAAAUUGUCCAAAAAUAUUCUUUAUCUUUGGUUAUUGAGAUGAGCAAGUCCUAAUUUUUAAUUCUAAUGAUUGGUUUGAUUAUUUCAGAUGAUGAUUAAAAAACAACAGAUGGAACAAAAGUAAAAGAAUUUAUAAACUUUAACCCUUCUUUAACUCCACAUUAUUAACUUUAUUGCUGA